AUGGAGAGGAGGAUUGGAUCGCUGUUAUUGGUUUUGUCCAUUGGAUGCCUGGUUGCGGCCGGUGGCGUAACGGCCCAGUGCCCGUGGUCACGUAAUGUCCCAGGGCUGCACGGUUCCUGCGCUUGCUCGUACAACUUGGCGCAAGAAUUGACGCUACAGUGUGGCCAAGUCAAUUUCACAUUGCUAAUGGAGGCGUUAAACGAUCACGCUCAAAGUCAGAUCAUCGACUUGUUCUAUGUGCACAACAGUACCGUGACAGAUCUGCAAGACAACUUCCUCAGUCUACUCACUGUCCACAACGUUCAAAUGUCCCGCUGUCAAAUUCGCAACAUCGAGCCGCGGGCUUUCGUUGGCCAGGAAACGACGUUAAAAAAUCUCAACUUGCAAGACAAUCUCCUGACGGUUGUGCCAACUGAAUCCUUACGACCGCUCAAAGUGUUGGCACUGCUGGACCUGUCUGGCAACCGGAUAAGCCAUUUGCCUGAUGACGCCUUUGGUCCGCUCAAAUUGAACACGCUUAAACUGGCUGACAAUGGAAAUAUGACGUUAUCAUCGCAUUCGUUCCGGGGACUGGAACGCACCCUCAAAAACUUGAACCUGAAAGGAACACGACAGCGUGAAGUACCUGCCGAAGCCGUUCGUUCUCUGAGCGCUUUGGCUUUCCUCGAUCUGGCUCAAAACGGAAUCCGCAGUUUAAGUGGUGGGCUCUUUCGACAUCUGGACUCAUUAACGGCUCUCAACAUGGAGCGUAAUUCUCUUUCGACGAUCGAACCGGACGCAUUCAUCGGCGUCAACGACACACUCAGCUCCCUCAGUCUGUUGAACAAUCUCAUUACCGAAUUUCCAACUCAAGGCUUGGCCCCUCUCACGCAACUCAGGGUGCUAGACGUGGGGUUUAAUUUGAUGAACGUCCUACCCGACGAUGCUUUCUCUCCGGCUGCGAUGCUCACCCUGCUGGCCCUCGACGGAAACCCACUGGCUACUUUACCACGAAAAGCCUUUGCUCACUUGAAUGGGACGUUACGUGGUCUCAGUCUGGGCGGCAGAUUCCUCGAAUGCGAUUGUCGACUUCGCUGGGUCGCCGAAUGGAUUCGCGACACUGACUUGCAGGUUACCAGCCGUGAACGUAGUCCACAAUUUUGCGGAAGCCCGCCCGAUUUCCGCACUCGCAGUUUCUACCAACUCGGUCCCGAUGAAUUGAAAUGCGUGGAAGACGUCAUCAAAGAAGACAAAUUCACACCAAUGGUUCCACCGUCGACCACCAUCACCGCAAUGGUCGGUGUGCGUAGCAGCAGCACUAUUCGGACUACUACCACGAAUCGUGUGAUAGAUGAUCAAUACGAAGAAGACGUUGAAAGAAUGAUUCCAUCGCCGCCACCAACACCGACACAACAACCCCCGCGUCGACAACAGAUGCAACCACAGCCAUCAUUAUCUCGUCCAUCUACAGAAGCAGGCCCUCCUCCACGGCUCACUUCACCAUCGCCAGCAACUCACAGGAAUAGUUAUACGAGGACAACGCCAGCUUCUACCAAUACCAACAAACUUGUUCGGGGAGGAGCUGGUGGAUCGCGAACAAGACCUUACGGUCCGGGCGGAAGGCCUAAUUUGAUCACGGGGAAUAGCAACGGCUACGCAGGUGAUGUCCACUCAUCAGGAAACCAUCUGGACGGUAUUGCUUCUUCGAUUGCGGCAGAACGAGAGGUUAUCGUCAAAGACGCUUAUCGUCAAGACACUUCCGUCGUCAUCCAAUGGGACUCUGAAGCCAACAACAUUCUCGGCUUCCGAGUGGUCUAUCGUCUUUUUGGCGAUGCUAAUUUUCAACCUGGGCCGCCUCUUGACCCAUCUGAACGAGAAUUCAAAAUUAAGAAUGUUCCCGCUCAGGAGAGUUUGGUGGUUUGCGUCGUUUCACUGGAAGAAAGCAACGUCACACCGGAAACUGUCCCAUUCCCACAAUGCCGAGAAAUCCGCACUGAACCGCAAGCAGCUUCGCACAUGGACAAGAUCAUCAUCGCUGCAAGCGCUGCCAUUUGCGGAACGGUUGUCAUAGCUGUCGUCAUUUUCAUUUGUUGCAAUCGCAAGAGAUCGCAGAAAAAUGAAAAAUUAAGACUAAACAACGUCUUGGCAGCUGGUACGAACGGUGGGCAUCACAACGGAAUUAGCACGACGGCUACUUCCCUGGCCGGUUCGCAAGUUCAAUCCCCACUGGCCAAUAUGGGAAAUAUGGGACUAGGACAACUUGGCGGAAGUAGCAAAGAUUGGGAUCAACUAUCCAUGUACAGUUCACGAAGUAUACCUCGAGCCAGGAUGUACCACAGCGACCGUCCAGGUUCCGUAAUGGGAUCAGUCAAUGGUGGGUUUAUUGCCGAUGACGCCCGUUCGCAUGUUUCCGGCUAUUCGAUGAACAAAUCGGCCAAUGGCGGAGUCAACUUACUUCGUUCGAGAUCACUGAUCGACGGCCCAACGCAACGAAGUGUUUCGGCCAUGUCCGGCAGAGGCCCUUCAUACCUUCCACCUGGACUACACCACGGAAUGAGCGGAGCAAUGGGUCACCAUUUGAGCGCAAUGGGAUUAGGUCCCCUCGGCAUGGCCGGAAUGGGCGGAAGUAUGAAUGCAAUGGCUGGAUUACCAACUUUAUCUGGAAUGGGACUAUCAAGAGCAGAUCUCCGCGCAUCACAUCAUUCUUUGGCGGAUUUACGGAUGAGCGAACUGGCGGCGGCAGCAGCAGCUGUCAACGGACGGGCAUCUCGUGCUAGCCGGGCAUCAACCAGAGCGGGAAGUCAAUACUCGAGUCGGCGUUCGGAACAAUUACGACGCCGAGCUGCCCAUCUUCAGCAAAACGGACAGGAUUCGUCGGAUCAACAACAUCAACAACAGCAGACGACAGGGGAUGAAAGUAGCUGGGAAACGGACCGCGAACCAACCGGAAGCAGCAGUACAAGCGGACUGCUGGCCGGCCGCCGGCCACAUCAACCCAUGAAUGGCAUGCAUUCUCAGCAACAAAGACACAGCAGCCAACACAGAUUGCGGCCUGGGUCGUCAGUUCGUUCCGGCGAGACUGAAAACUGGACCGACCACGACAUGGAUAUUUACAUGGCUCACAACACUAUGCGCAAUGACCUGGUGCGUCUCUGAAAGUGAAAUGCGGAGUUUCUUUUUUUCUUGUUCUUUCGAGUUUCAAUUAACCAUUGUCUGUGACGUGUUUCUAACAUGUAGAAAGCGAGUUGCUUGGUCAAACGCUUUAUAACAUUUCUAACUUGUUUUGGAGGAUUUGUCGAUACUCGAUUUUGUUUCGUUUGUUAUUUUGUUGUUUAAAACGUGGACUUACCCCGGAAUGGUAUAGCCAUGUUCCCAGCGAUAGCGCAGUUCUAGAACGAUCUCGUGCCACCAAUGGGCUACACCCUCGAUCCCGUUGAGGUGUGUCAUUGUGUAGACGGCAGUGGUGGCCAGCCGCCACACCAAACUGUCCACUGGAGACGUCUUGAAGGCCGAGAAACUUUCCUUUAUUCAUACAAAAAAUCAUUGAUUAUCACACCCCACUUACCAUUAAAGUUCGUUAAACUUCGUCAUACCUUCCAUUUAAUGUCCAAAGAGGCAGAACAGUCGGACUGAAACUCUUCAGGAUACGGAUGAGUUUGAAUCUGUUACAUUUUUUGUUUUGAUUUUUUGGAAAAUAAAAAGCAUUAAAAGCUA